GGCACUGUACAAAAAUUAAAACUGAACAUGCCAACAUUUAGGUACAGCAGAUCAAUAGCAAAUUCAAAUAUAAAUAUUAAGUUUCAAGCGUCCGUCCGAGAUCUCUUUAAUUAUUUUUAUUAUUUUUUGAGCAGCACGGCAUAUGGCACUAUGUACAACCUAGGCAGAUUUUAAAUUUGACUGAAUUUAAGUUUGCCUGCAACAUAUAUAUUAAAAGAAAUGUACUUGAUUAUAUAGUUCAUAUUUGACGUAUUUCUUUUUUCUUCUUUUGAAUAAGACAAGACGAAAGAGGAACAGACUGCUAAUUUACAAAUCAAAAUUUGAUGCGAUGAUUAUAAAACCCAGAAUACCAUAUUUCUAGUGCAUUAUCUAGUCUGUACUUUCUUAUCAUUUUAGAUAUUUCAUGAUGAAAAUUUAGUACAAAUUAGAGGAAAAGAUUAUGCUGCACGUACAGUUUCGAGAAUAUUAUUUACAGUAGGACAAAUUCUUCUUCUUCUGCAUCUCUACCAAUUAUUGUCAAUCGUGCAGUAUACAUUUUAAUAAGACAUAGAGCAAUGUUUUAAUCAACUCUUCUACUUAGUGCAUAUAGUGAAGUAGCACCAAAUAGAGUUCUAAAGACUUUGUAGUAAUUCUCAGGACGCGAGGCUAAUAAAUGCGAAAAACAUUACUAGAGCACUAGCAAAUAAGGAGAUAUCUCUUUUCGCACAUCCAUAUCUUUCUGGUCUCUUUCGUUUCAAUGGACGCGAUGAGAUGAAAAAAUGUCCGCACACGGGAUAUCUUAUGUGCAAAGAGAUAUCUUCUUAUUUGCUACUGCUCUACUGAAACAUUACUGAAACUUUUCUCAUUCAUUACGCGAAUGCGUGAUAUUCUCUCUUCUUCAUUUACGCGUAACGAAAACAAAUUUAUCUCUUCAAACUUAGCAAGGUAAAUUAGCAAAGGUUUAUACAGUACAAUGGUCAGUCUCUACAGAACGAUAAAAACACAACAUUUUCCUUUAGUAUAUUUGUUCUGUGUUUUUCAAAGACCGACUGGCAUGCGUCGAUUACUAAUGAAAUACGCAAAGAUGAAUUAACUGCUAAUACAUUCCAGGCAAUGAUGAGAUCGAUAAUAUGAAAACAGCAAAUUAUAGUAAUAUAACAUUAUUUCGUGAUUUUAGUGCCGCUGAAGGAGAUAUUCGAUUUCUAGGUGAAGCGAUGGAAGGUGUACCUCCAGAAGAUACACCAAACACUGCAUAUGGGUUACACGUUUCGGAACUACCAGAAUAUAUUCAUACACAUGUUACAAAAUAG